AUGAGGGUGCCCGUGCCGGGUCCCGCGGCCGCCGCCGCCCCCGCUGCCGGCCGCGAGCCCUCGACGCCCGGCGGAGGCGCUGAGGGCGGAGGCGCCGUCGCUGCCGCCUCAGGCACCGCGGUGCCCGGCUCGGUGCAGUUGGCGCUGAGCGUCCUGCACGCCCUGCUCUACGCCGCCCUCUUCGCCUUUGCCUACCUGCAGCUGUGGCGGCUGCUCCUGUAUCGCGAGCGGCGGCUGAGUUACCAGAGUCUCUGCCUCUUCCUCUGUCUCCUGUGGGCAGCACUCAGGACCACCCUCUUCUCUGCCGCCUUCUCCCUCAGCGGCUCCCUGCCCCUGCUCCGGCCGCCCGCUCACCUGCACUUCUUCCCGCACUGGCUGCUCUACUGCUUCCCCUCCUGUCUCCAGUUCUCCACACUCUGUCUCCUCAACCUCUACCUGGCGGAGGUUAUAUGUAAAAUCAGAUGUGCCACUGAACUUGACAAACACAAAAUUCUACUGCAUUUGGGCUUCAUAUUGGCAAGCCUUCUCUUUUUAGUGGUGAACUUGACUUGUGCAAUGCUAGUCCAUGGAGAUGUCCCAGAAAAUCAGUUGAAAUGGACUGUGUUUGUUCGAGAACUAAUUAAUGAUAGCCUGUUUAUUCUCUGUGCCAUCUUUUUAGUUAGUUACAUAUGCAAAAUUACAAAAAUGUCAUCAGCAAAUGUCUACCUCGAAUCAAAGGGUAUGUCUCUGUGCCAGACUGUUGUUGUAGGCUCUGUAGUCAUUCUUCUCUACUCUUCAAGAGCUUGUUAUAAUUUGGUGGUGAUCACUAUAUCUCAGGAUACAUUAGAAAGUCCAUUUAAUUAUGGCUGGGAUAAUCUUUCAGAUAAGGCUCAUAUAGAAGAUAUAAGUGGAGAAGAGUACAUAGUAUUUGGAAUGGUGCUCUUUCUGUGGGAACACGUGCCAGCAUGGUCGGUGGUACUGUUUUUCCGGGCACAGAGAUUAAAUCAGAAUUUGGCACCUGCUGGCAUGAUAAAUAGUCACAGCUACAGUUCCAGAGCUUACUUUUUCGACAAUCCAAGACGGUACGAUAGUGAUGAUGACUUGCCAAGACUGGGAAAUUCACGAGAAGGAAGUUUACCAAAUUCGCAAGGUUUGGGUUGGUACGGCACCAUGACGGGGUGUGGAAGCAACAGUUAUACAGUCACUCCCCACCUCAAUGGACCUAUGACAGAUACUGCUCCUUUGCUGUUUACUUGUAGUAAUGUAGAUAUGAACAAUCAUCAUAGUUUAUAUGCAGCACCACAAAAGUGACAGCAUUACUAAGUCAUAAUUCUGGAAUUGUUUUUCAUGAAUGUGUGUGUUCAACGUGUUUAGAUUCCAUCACCAUAAACAUUUCUUCAUCUGUUGCAACUGAAAACAAAGCCUGAAAAUGUGGCUGUGUUAAGUGGAGGACACAGCUGUUACUAGUGACCUCUUCAUAGUAAAAUGAAGUAGAACAAAAAAAAUUUGAAGGAGAAAAGAGGGAUUAGAUCUUAAGGUACUUAAAAUGGUGUCCAAACAUCCUGACUUUGGAACAUUAAGUAUGUAUUUGCCUAUUUGCACUUUUAUCUUCGUUCUGAAAGAAUAAGCUGCAGUCCCCCAAAGUCAUACUCCAGUGGCACUGCCACAUUAUAUUGUACACCAAAUUGGGAGACAGUUUUCCUACAUAAAUCAAAGCCUGUAUAUUCAGUGGUGUCCUCUCUAUGGAAUUCUUACCCAAUAAAAGUUUUAUAGUGUGAACUGUGUACAGAAUUAAGGCAUAAAAAUGUAUCAUUCUUUUUAAAAAUUUGCUCAAAAUAUUUAAUCAUUGGAGAUAGUUCUUUUAAGCAUGAAUUUAAAAUGCCAACUGAAAAUAUUUAAGCAAUUAUUUUAAACAGAUGCUAGUAGUGAUUCUUUAUAGUGAUAACCAGUGUUGUUUGGAAAGCCACGGUCAUUUCUUCAAAAAGAAAAUAUACCAUUGAAAAUUGUGUUGCUACUUUGAGUACAAUUGGUCAAGUGAUUAUUUUUUAAGAUUAAGAUACAGGUAAUAAAGCAUGCUUCUUCAGGAAAGCAGUAGUGAUUUUUGGAUAGAGAAAUUUUGGUAGAAACUUCUUUGGACUAAACACAUUUACAGAUGCAAUUAAGAAUUAUUCCUAAAAUGAAGGAUUCUAAGUUAAACUUGGAUACAUAUUAAAAAGCAUUCUAUUUAGCUAAAACAAGUUACAGCUGAUCUUACCUAUUGAUUCAGGAUUGUCCUCAGGUAAAUUAAAUCAUGAUACAUUACUGUGGUGAACUCAAGUGCAAUAUUUUGUAAGACAUAUAAUUCCUCCUUUUUAGUUUUCAGUUUUUUCUAUUUGGACAAAGCCAAAUUAAAUUGAUUUACAAUUAAUUCUAGCACUAGAAUGAGUAAAUUUAUGUAAAAGUACUAACUAGGUAAGUAUGAAACCAGUGGUUAACAAUAUUGGAGUACCUUUAGAAUUACAUUAAAUCUAACUUGAAUGUCCUAUCCCAAAUCU